UGGGGCCGGGCGCGGUGGCGGGGGCCAUGGCAUGCGGUGCAAGUUCAGGCCAGUGGAAGAAAAGAGCUGCCAAAGUGGAAUUGAACGAAACUCAAAAGCAAGAAAUUAAAGAGGCUUUUGACCUGUUUGAUGUUAAUGGCUCUGGAACCAUAGAUGUGAAAGAAUUAAAGAUUGCAAUGCGGGCCUUGGGAUUUGAACCAAAGAAAGAAGAAAUUAAACAUAUGAUAGCUGAAAUUGACUGCGAAGGAACUGGCACUAUUAGUUUUGAAGAUUUUUUUGCCAUUAUGAGUGUGAAAAUGAGUGAAAAAGAUGAAAAGGAAGAAAUAUUGAAGACUUUCAAGUUAUUUGACGAUGAUGAUACUGGAAGCAUAUCACUAAAUAAUAUCAAGAGGGUUGCCAGGGAGCUAGGGGAAAACUUAACUGAUGAUGAACUUCAGGAAAUGCUUGAUGAAGCCGAUCGUGAUGGGGAUGGAGAAAUAAACGAGGAAGAAUUUUUGAAAAUGAUGAAGAAAACUACCCUUUACUAAUGCUGCAUUUGGUGCCUUCUGGAAAAUGGUUGACAAAUUGUAUUUGCUAUCCAGUUCAAUAAUGUAACAUACGAAUGUGUUUAUUUUCAGUUUUUAGUACACACACACACACACGUUGGCCCAUUGAUAUGGGAUAUGAGAGAAGCUAUGCUCCUACCUAUCUGUCGCUGAGGCUAUGGCGGCAUCACGAAAUGAAGCGAGAACUUUCUUUGGAACACGAAAGCAAGCACAGUGUGAAUUCCAGCUGCCAUGUUUUAAGUGUGCAGGUUCCCAAGAGCUAACAUUUUCUAAAUGCUGUGGGCCCACACCAGGGGGUUUGCCUAACAAACUGUUACUUGCUCUGUUACUUUCCUUUUGUGUUACCCUAAGGAAACUGAGUAUUAUUUACUUUUUAAACAAUGCUUUAAUAUGUAAAGUAAUAAAAGUGACUGGUGGCUAGA